GUAUGUGUGUCUGUGGUUUUUUUGCUUCUUAUAAAAUUGAAGAAAAACGUUGAACCAAUUAUAUGAACUUGAAAGCAAGACACAAAAAAGGACUAAUCGACGAAAAAAUGAGGUGAAUUGUAACAAAAAAAUAGUAGUAAAAAAAUACGUUGAAUGUGUAAAAAUUAUAGAAAGACAGUAAUUUUGUUCAUUGUAUUCGGUUUGGAUGAAAAUAUGUGCAAGAUGGAAUUGGACACGGUGAAAAGUUUAUGAAAUUUUCUUUGAAAAAAAGAUAUCAAAAGAAAUGUUAAAAAUGACAUUUUAUGAGAAAAAAAAUUAAAUUAAAUUGAAAAACAAAAGGUGAAACGAACUUGUGUUAUGUUUGAAGAGAAUUGUAAUUUUUAAUAUCCAAAACACGAGUCAAACGGAAACAAAGCAACUUUAUUUGUAAAAUUGUCUAUGCAUUUUGAAUGUUUUUUUUUGCUUUCGUUUCUGGAUGUGCUGUGUUCGGGUCUACUUUGUGUGUUCGUCAGAAAAAACGGAGAUUUCAACACGGACGCUGUUUUUGACUGUUGACAACAAAACUAAAAAAUAAGGUUGAUACGCGAUUUUAAAUUAGUGAAUACAGAGAGCAACAUCAGUACCGUAUGCAGCUUUGACAAUGCAACAACACCGUUGAAAAUGUGUGAAGUGAACGUUAUUUUAAAGUACUUAUGGAAAACUAAAAACCGGCCAAUCGUCAAACAAUUUGCUGGAGGCACCAAUUUGAGCUUCGUAAUUGAACCGAUAAAACCUCGAAUAGAGUAGACCAAUCAGUUCCGAAAUAAUUAGAAAAUUGUAGGCGAUCGAGUGAGCCAAUGCAAAACUGGUGCAAAAUUCCAUUCGAAACGAGAAGCAAAAGCGAGAAAAUACGAAUCGAAUAGUGUGGAUAAGAUCAAAUUAAAGUCAACGCGUCGAUAAUUGUGUGAAUGUAGGCGCUCAAUCGAAAUAUACAAUUUGACAUUUCUACGGGAAUACAAUGAUGAUGACUUUUAAUCCGUUUCGUCCAAAUGGUUUGCAAUUCAUUUUCGGUUUAAUAUGUUUAAUUGAAGCAUUGCAAAUAUGUUUAUCAUGGGUGUCAGCAUCGUCAUCCGAUAUGUUAAUCAUUCGGCAUGGACGCUCACGUGUACGUCAUUCCACCGAGAAGAAUCACAUUCGAUGGGGCUUACAAGCAUUCGAUAAUCUAACUUUAUACGAUUAUGAUUAUGAAACGAAUGGCACAAAUGGCAGCAAUGAAACUCUUUUCGGUGAUUUUGGAUUAAAUGGCGCAAAUCAAACAUUUUCGGGUGGCGAAUCGUUUGGUUAUUUCUCAUCUGAAAUGGUUUUCAAUAAUGUGAGCAGCAAUGGCAGCAACAACACCAACAUUAAUAGUGAUUCGAAAUUGCUAAGUACAUUAGCGCCGUCAUUGGCGAGCAGUAACCGUUGGUCGGCAUCAACACUGAGUACACCAUCGAAAAAUCAAAAAUUAGCAAAAAAGCAAAUUAUGGAAAACAUCCGGAAGAACGUGGAAGAAGGUAUUGAAUAUUUGCGAACUCAUGCACAUCUAACACAACCGACAGCUGUAAUGCCCAGUGAAAAAGCUUUGUUGCAACUACAAAAGCAAGCCGAAAAAUUGACGCACGAAACAGAAAAACAGCAACAGCCAAAGCAAAAGCAACGAACACGCAAAAUUGAAAUCCACAAUGAAUCAUCACAGUCUCAAGAAAUCGGCUCAUUUUCAUCGACUCAAACUAAUUCAAUGCGCUUAAAAUCAUCAUCAUCACCAUCAUUGCCAUCUUCGCUGGGAUUAUUUUAUCAUCCACGCAUCGAACACAAUCAAUCAAAUCAUAAAAAGCACAAAACCAAUAUACAACUGCUGCAAUGGAAAACCCAUCAAAUUCAAAAUGAAGACGAUGGCAAGAACGUCGCCGAUGACGAAAUAAUUGGUAACAAUCGCUUUACUGACCAUAAUUUAGCAGCAUCAAAUCAUUUUGACUAUGAAAUACAAAAUGACGAACCAAACAACGAAAAUAUCCAUCAACAUGAAAACCAUCCGUACAAAUCGAACAAAUUGAAUAAAUCAAAUCCACGACAUGCUCAUGAGCCAUCGUCAGUUGGCCGCAGCAAUGGUAUUGCGACGAUAAAGGCAAUUGAUUCGAUAGUGGCAGCCGUUUCAAAAAAAUAUCUCGACCAAGCGAUCAACAAUAGUGGUAAUAGAACCAAUUUAAAUGGAAAUUCAAAUGCCACCAAGGCCAAUUUACGUUCACAAAGCAAUAGUAAAAUGGCAUCACGUUUGCAAUCAGCAAAUGAAAAGCGAAAAGAUACACAUUCCAUUGGGCAUACAGCAAAAAUCUCCGAUAUACCGAUAUCAUCGGUCGCAUCACUUGUAUCGCAACAGCAUAAUAUUGAUUCGGAUAUGACGAAACCAAACGACUCAACUCAGUCAAAAGUGAAAUCAAAUGCAAAUUUAAAUAAUCAGUACGAAACGAAUAAUGGUUUCUAUGCGUCAGCACCAUCCGCAUCCGCCUUCGAUGAUAAUGAAUUAAAUGACGAACAACAAUCAGAGUUUAGCAGCGAUGACAGCGGCAUCGAUGAUCCGAACACAAUGUUCACAUUCGAUGAACAAACCAUUAAUAUUGAUGGCAAAACUAUUGAUUCAAAUGAUAUCAUUCGAUUGCCAGUUUCAGAUCUUGAUCUUGAUGACUUGGACGAAAUUAGUCGAAACAAUCGAUUGAAUUUACAGAGAGGUCGCGAUGUGGUCACAAAAUUUCUACAAAUUGUAGAAUCACAACAUCAUAUGGGUGCCAAUUGUACAGCCGGUACAGCGCUCAAUUUAGGCGAAGGAGUUGUUGAUCGCUAUGCACAAGAUCGAUUUCAAAUUGAAGCCGAGGUAGCUGUCAAUCGUGCAAAUAUGCUGACCAGAAUAUUCAAGCUGUCAUCGAGACCGGUUCAGAUGUCGGAGCAUAUUUUGCAUGCGUCCGUGCUAUCGAUGGUUGAAUUUGAUGAUGACAUUUAUGCAGCUGGUCACUGUUUCGACUGGAAUCAACAUUUGGCAAAAAAAGGUCUAUUUUGUCCAUUUGCACAUCGUUUACCACCACCCGAUCAACUUGCCAUAUUGGUCAAAGAUCUUGCAUCCGAAUAUCCAUACUUGGGCAAUACAUCCGAAUGGUUCUUUCUGGCGCGGAAAAAUGCGGAAAAAGUUAUUGCCAAAAAUGAACAAUACACCAAAGCAUUUCAUUUGUACUCGAACAGCACCGAACGAGAAACGGAUGAAAUACUUUCAGUUAAGUAUGAAGAUGGUCGAUGGUCGAAACCGUAUUAUGAUUGUGGCGGUGCCAAUAUUUGGAUGCUAACAUACACAGUACCAUUUUUUGGCUACGAAAAUGGAACGUACUUCUUCAAAGGAACCUCAGGUAUCGAUAUUGAUUUACGGCGAGUCGACAUUGAUCAAUGUCCACAACGUCAAGUAGCUCCUGGCGGCGUUGCGUUACCAUUAAAUAUAUUCGCUGGAACCGAUAAAUGCAAAGCGAGAACCACUCAGUGUGAACCAAUCUCCGGGCUGGGAUUUCGACGUGGCUCAUACAAAUGUGUUUGCCGCAAAGGAUUCUACUUUCCCGAUACGAAUUUAUCGCAAAAAUAUUUCAACGGCAGCACUUUAGAAGAGGAAUAUGAAAAAUUAAUGCUGGGAGAGAUGUCAUUAUACAAUAAUGCGAGUACGUUCGAAUGUUUACCGUGCGCCGAAGGAUGUGAUGCCUGUAAGGAUGCUUCACCAUGUGUUGCUGCUCUAAAUUGGACGAUGCGAACAAGCAUUUUAGUGUUGGCAUGUGCUGUUAUUGGUUUUCUUCCGCCAGCUGCUUAUUUCACAUUCCGCUAUCAGCAGGUGAAGGUUUUGCGGGCAGCUAGUCCAGCUUUAUUGCGAGUUAUUGCGCUCGGUGCAUUUUUCAUCUACUGUACGUCUAUUGUCAUGUAUCCGCGACCCUCAAUCUACACGUGUACGGCACGAGUUUGGCUUCGUGAAAUCGGUUUCUCACUGACAUAUGGCGCACUGAUGCUGAAAACAUGGCGAAUUUCUGUGGUGUUUCGUGUACGUUCAGCAAAAGCUGUUAAAAUAACGGAUGCGACACUUUUAAAACGAUUGGGUAUCAUUUGUAUUUGCGUUACAAUUGGUUUGUUAGUUCGUACAAUUGUUGCACCGCCUGUUGUUAUUGUUGGACGGACGGCAGACGAUUUGAAAGCGUUCCUCUGUAAAGCUGACUGGUGGGAUCAUACGUUCACAUCAAUGGAGGUACUGUUUUUGGCUUGGGGUGUACGAUUAUGCAUUAUGGUACGAAAAGCACCGUCCGAAUUUAACGAAAGCCGAUUUAUCUCAAUGGCAAUAUACAAUGAAUUCUUCCUAACAUGCUUCCUAAAUGUAUCAAUGUUAUUUCUUCAGUCACCAGCAAAUCCUGAUUUAUUGUACAUAAUAUUUUUCUGUCAUACACAAUUAACUGUGACACUGUUGCUGGCAUUAAUAUUUGGAAGCAAGGUGUAUUUGGUGUUUCGAAGCGGCGGAAAACCACCAGAGGAUUCGGGUGUUAAAUCAUCGGGUGCGAAAUUCAUAUGUCGAUCGCAGGCACGACCAAUUGGCAAUGCAUAUCCAAGUACCGCAACCUCUUCAACAACACCACUUGGAACUAAUAUCGAACAUCGACUCACCGAUCAGGAAGCCAACGAUGAAAUUCGAUCGUUAUUACAAAAUUUCAUAAUUCAAUUGCAAUCGGUAAAAGAUCGAGUACCAUCUAGAGGUUCAGCAAUGGCAACCAUUUCAAUUCUAUUGGAUACAACGAAACCAUUAUCAAAUUUACAAAUGUCUUUAAUGCCGCCCACGCUAGCUGCGACAACCGCCAUAAAAAAGCCUGCAUUCGCCAUUCACAAUUCGACUGUGGACAAAAGUACGAAUACAAACACAAUAGCAACAACGAGCAACGGUGGUACGUCCAAUCAUUUGACACAUCAUAUACAAAUGCAACCGAAUCAGAAAAAUGGCUCGAUUACAACAACCAUGUGUUCAACACAAAUUUCAAUCACAGACACCGGCUGUGAUAAGCUACCCGACAUCGAGUCGAUUUCGGUUUCAGGUGAAAAGGCAAACGAAUUACCCGAGGGUAGUAUAAUGAGUGAAAAACAUAAUCAAAAUGAAAAUACAUUGAUGGAUGCCACCAACUGCCAACAAACUAAACCAAAAACGGAUGACGGCAGCGACAAAGAUGGAAACGGUAACGAUGAUGGUGGUAAUGCGAACAGCGGUAACAAUGAACAUGAUAGACCCGAAUUGAAUUUUCUAAAUUUGAAAUUGCAAUGCAUGUGCAGCAGCACAGAUGUCGGUGGCGAUAGUGGAAAUGUGAUAGCAAAACCAAAUGUCAAUGCGAUUAGUAAUCGGGUGAGUGGAACCAUCGACGAUGAAACUGAGAUCGAAAUCAGUGACGUUGAAGCUGUUACCGAAAUCGGUGAAUCCAUUUUCGAAAAUCAUCGGUGCACACACUGUGGCCGGGGACAUUGUUGUUUCUUCUUGCGGUGCUGUUAUUGUACAGCGAACGGUGUAUUUAAUGAAAGUGAUAGCAUGGCAAUUGAUGCGAUGAAUACAAAUCAAAUGGCAUUACAUGAAAACAAUCCAUGCCAAAGUGAAUGCGAUGCAAAUCGCAUUGCAAAUAGCAAUAAUAUAUCGAAACAACAUCAAUCCAUAGAUAGUAGUAGUAGUAGUAGUAGUUUUAUGAAAAUAGGCUCGAAUCAAAAUUUAGCAAGUAAGCGUUGUGAUGAAAUUUGUGAAAUAAUACGCAAUCAAUAUGAAACUGGGUUGUGUAAUACAACAACAGCACCACUAACAACAACAUUAACAACAAAAAUGUUUGCAAGAAAACAAUGCUGUGAAGAGAGUAGUGGCAGUGAUAACAAACAUUGCACAAACGUAACUAAAUCAAUAGCAAUCGGUUGCCAUUGUCGAUGGUAUUGCAUUCAAGAUUGUGAUUUGGAUGCAAAAUCAACGACGGUUGUUACCGGCGAAGACAAUGUUGAUCACCAUCAACGGCUUAAAACCGAAACGACAACAUUAGCUGUUGAAAAGCCUGAAAUUGUGUCGCCAAUUACAAAUGAAUCGCCAUUGAAUGAUGAAAAUCGCUUACGUUGCUGUCGCUGUUCAAAGGAACUCUUUUGACAUACUAAGAAUUCCGUUAUAAACGACAACGCCAUGAACGACAACGACAACGACAACAAUGGCGAAAAUGAUGGCAACAACGACGAUAAUAAUAUCGAUAAACUAACCGAAUGUACAAACAUUGAGAAAACAACAAGUAGCAACACUUCAGUCAAUAGCCAAACAAAAAGUGCUGAUGAUGAUAAAAAACCGUCGUCGACAGCAAACGUUUCGGGUGGCAUGAAUACGACAACAUCGAAAAAAAAGCUCGUGCUCGAUUUAAAUGAUCGGAGUAAAUAUACAAAAGUGGUUUCAGUGUGAUGAGACAAACAAUAGGGAAAACUCACUCUCCAUACAAAAAUCCACAGUGAAGUCAAAUGCAUUUCAAGUAAAUUUCUUGAUUCGAAAUGGGAUCACUCGACUAUUCAUGGGCAGCAAAUAUUCCAUUUUUGUUGCUCUCUCUCUCUCUUUUAUUACGAUCUCAUAUAAACCAUACACAAUAAGCGAUUCGAUUCACUUUGCCAUUUCCGAAAAUCGUCAUUUUUUCACACUCGUAAAUAAAGUGCGGUCGGCUUUUACAGCCGUUUAUUGCGAAAAUAACUCUUGAAAACCACAGCAUUCCUGGAAAAUGACAAAGAGAAACCCGAAACUACGAUAUACUUCAAAGCAAUUGGUAUUCUCAUAAAGUGUACAAGUUCAAAGUUAUGCAAACAACAACAACAACCGAAAUUCGACAGCGAAUAAAUGAACAUUCCAUAUAUUUUACAGUCUACCAAGAAACGUUGUCGUUUUCGUUACGACACUUUAUUUUCAGAAUAUAUUCAAAUUUUCCAUUCAUAAAUAAAUUAUUACCUUUUUGCUCUUUUUUUUCAGUUCAUACGGUAUUAUCUUUCGUAAAUUUCUCUCUUUGCAAACCGGAGAGUUUAUUGAUUUGUGCCAGUUUACUUAUGAGGUUUCCUUUAUUGUGAUUCGUUCGAAUCGUAUUAAAUUCAAAUAUAUGGCAGAAAUUUAUUAUUUCAACUCCUUUAUGAAACGUAAAACCAUUUUAAAACUAUGGCAUAAAUAAAUAUUGAUUUACAGUAAAUUCGAUUUGACAAACAUAUUUGUUUCGCAUUGCAACUGUAUAACAGCGAUCCCUUCUUUCAGCAUUCAAUUUUAAAAUUCAUUGAGGCGAUUUUCGAAAAUGUAAAAAAGUUCAAUUGUUGUUGGUUUCUAUCGAAUAGAAUGAAAUUUAUGAUAAAAAAAUUGAACCAUUUCACUUCAGAUUCAAGUCGAUUAAUUGAGCUUUUCCCAUUUUGUGACGCGGUGUAGGACUAAAAUACAUACAUCGAUUUGUAUAAAAGUAAGAUCUAGUUUCUAGUACAUCUAUAUCAGCUUUGUGAGUUGACGAUAUUAUUACAAAUACACAAAAACAGGCUAGUGAAUGACAACAGUAACAAAAAUAAAACAUAACAUUUAUACAGCAAAAGUGUUACAAAAUCAAAGAGGUUAAAAAGAAAGCAGGACAAAAAGUAAUGAAAAUUGUUUAAUCAAAUGUAUAUGUUUCAAUGUUUUUUUUUGGUUUAUUUGUAAGCUAUCUCAUCUAUUCAACGUUAUAUGCAUUUAUUUCAUUAAAUUUUAUGAAAUCUUCAAAGUUUCGAUAUCAAAAUUAGCCAAUUAAGUGAAUGUCAUGUUAGAAAACAUUAUAUGUGAAGAAGAAUUGUGUAUGUGAAAUAUGUCUUGGUUAUAAGUUGAUUUAAAGUGAGUAAAAUCGCGCACGGUUAAUUAUACCGUCGGAAAAUAGAUGUAAGACAAAAACAAGUACGUAUAAUAAUAUCACUUUGAAAGCCAAUUUAGGUUGUAAGAGCAGACAAAACUAUGUAUAAUGAUUGAUAGAAGUAAAAUGGAGUCUCGCCGUAAUUUCGAGAAUCUGAAGUGUAAAUUCGUAUUUCCGAUCAUUAAACAAAUUAUGCAUAUAUUUCCCACACAAUAUAGAGAGACGCAUUAGAAUGUGUAUUGUAGCCACAUGCUCAUCAUUGUGCAUUCAUUGUGAAACUAACGACUUUUACUUCCGACUUCCUUCCAUUGUCAUUGACAAUGCAGUAAUAAUGAUCUGUGAUUUCAAUUUACCCCCCAAAAAAAAACGAAAAAAAAAAUAUAUAAAAAAAUGCAUUCAUAUAGAGCAAAACAAGCGUUGCCUGCCACGAAACACACCCAUGCAUAUAUGAUGAUGAUUCAGCUGCGGUGUGUGCAAUGUGCGCGUACGCGAAAUGUCUUAAUGACAAUUAAAUGAAGUUGCACACGGAAAAUUAAAACGAAUUUAAUUGAAUUUUAAUGACGAAGCGCAUCGCAACCUCCGGAUGCAUGAAUAAUCUAAUAUUUCUUGCAGUAUGACACUGCUGAGUCUGAAUCGCUUCGAAAUAAGACAUGUGGUGCGCCAUAUCAAAUGCAGUUUCUCAUUUAUGCACAAAUUGAUGACAGUUAACUGUACAUUUUCUGGCACAAUAGCGUCCUAUCUCGUGGAUUGUAUUAUACACGGACCCAAAUGAAUGACGUGAUGAACGCAAACAUUUUUCUUUCUGUAUUGAAAAAGAGACCUAUUCAUGUGCACACACACUUACACACACUUACACACACUCACAUACACAUUUGAUUACAGUUUUACUUUAAAGAUUUGAUUUUCAUUGCCCCGAAGAAAUAUCAAGAGCCCCUGAUUUUCUUCGUCGAUGGCAAAAUCCAUUGUGUGUGUGCAUGAGAAAAUGUUCCUUUUUAUGUAUGUUGCUCCUUGUUGUCGUUACAGCAGAGAGACAACAUUUUGACGCUUGACACGUAAACCGUUAUGUAUGUCAUGUUCAUGAGUGAUUCCGACACUUUUAUUCAAAAUAAAAAUUCAUACGAAAAUGUUAAACUAACAAAUAAUUUUGCUCGUAACUAAUGAAACUUUCUAGUGAUACAUAAAACUAUUUGCAAAUAAGGAAAAAUAUGCUGAGAAGGAGAUAGAUAGAUAGUUAGAUAGAGAGUGAGAGAGGGUGAGAUGAUGAGGAAGUUAGAUAGCCACAAAUCGAUCAAGUCACUAGUUUGAAAACACUUGAAUCAAGACAUAUUAGCCGUUUUCCAGUAACAUAUGUUUCAAAACACCAAAAUGGAUGGAAUCACAUUUUUCACUCUAAUUUUUACAAAACCUUAUUCUCACUCCGUUCUUUGUCCGUGAUGUUGUCAUCAUAACAGAGUCAUAGAGGAGCCACUUAUACGAUAAAAAAUUCCAUUUGCAUAUUUCUAAUUUUAAAAAGCAAUUUCAGUUAGCCUAAUGUUCGUCUGUUUGUUCCAGUGCUUGUGCCAGUGAGUGUUCUGUUUUAUCACUCAAACGCCAUUUUCAUUCUGAAUCCCGUGCACUGUCAUUUGCAAGCAUAUUUCAUUCGUUUUUCCCAACAAAAUGUCUAUAUAGCACAUACACAAUCGCACACAUGAAAUGUAUGUGUGAUAGAGUGAAGAAUUUCGUUUCGCAUGCAGUUUUUCAUUGGGAUUUAUGUGAAUAUAUUUAAAGCACAAAAUAACUAUUUAACACAUUUAAAAUAAUUAAGCGUAAAUAUGAUGAUUUAACUAAAGCUGAAAAUCAAACUACAGCGGUGUGACAAAAAAAAAUAAAAUAAAAUGAGGUAGACAGAAAGAAGUUUGUAAUUUGAUUUUCAGUUAUUUUUAGCUCAAUUUUGACUACCAAUUUACCAUGUAUUAAAAAUAAUAUAAGACAAACAUGUAUACAUAAAAAGUUUAAAAUGCAAUACUAUAACAUAAUAUGGUCGUAAGUUAAUCACGAAAGUUUUACUACUAACAGUUUUUUUUUCUACAUACACAUACAGAUAUUGAUAGUGCAAAGGACAUACAUGCAUACAUUGUACACACUUUCCGAUUAAAUACAGAAAUUUAUCUUUUUCAAUUAGCUAGUUAGCUAGUUAGUUAGUUUGUAAUAUCUGUUAGAACUUUAUUUAAGUGCUGUUUCGAGUCGAAAUGUCGUUGUCAUCGUCGACAUCAUCAUCAUUAUUAUCGUGCCAUUUUCACAUGGCACCAGAUCGAAUGGAAGAAUUUUCAGCUAACUUGAAUCUCAUCUGUGUAUUUUGGAUCGGGUCCACACUCUGUCUAUCAAUAAACAUUACACCGUUCGUGAGAUAAAUUUAAGUUUAUUCUGUUCUGGACUUUAAUGUGUUCUGCCAUUCAUUUUAUUACAUUUCAUAAAAGUUUGCACAAAUGCGUAAAUUCGCAUCAUCAAAAUGCAUUUACAUAUCAGUCAUAUCGCAACAUGACGCAUAUUAACAUGAAAACCAAAUGCACUCCCAAUCCAAUGUCCAAUCAGUUCGAUUUUGUUCUUAAAUAUCUCCACUACUCCGAAUAUUUACGUCGGCAUGAGUAAGGUAAAGUUUUUAAUAUGAAAACCAAAGGGUUACAAUUCGUCUAACUGAUUCAUUAAAGACAUUCGAUAGCUCAACAUUAUUUGACUCAAGAUAGACCCAUUAUUAUUGUCAGCAUUUUCGUUAUUGAAAUUUUCUGCGUGUCAUUAAUAAUUACUCAUUAUCAACGCAAACAAUCCAUACAAAUAAAUCAACCGAAAUCAACCAUAAUCGAAAAAAUAGAUUUGCUGAUUUAAUUUUUGGUACUCUGCAUGACAUUAAUUGUGAUUUCGUACAACUAAAAUUCAAUGAAAUUAAUUAAUUCUAUUGAUUCAUUUGUGUUCAUACAAUAAACAUCAACACGUAUUAAACGUUGAGCUAGAAAGCAAACUAUGAAGAUUGGCACAAAAUUUAUGGAUUAAAUGUUUGCGUUUGAUGACAACAUGUAAAGAUAAUAUAGAAAAGUAAAACAAAAAAAAACAAGACAUGUUGUCGUUUGAAUGAAUUUGUAGCGAUAUUUUCUUUUGUAAUUGAAAAAAUCGAUCGAAAUUAUUUCAACUUUUUUCAGAUCUGACACUAGUCGUAGAAAACUAGUUUGUAGAAACAAUGUAGAUAAAUUUAACUAUAAUAAAAUCAUUCUACAUUCAAACACACAAUAGGGUAGCUUCAAAAUAGAAUUUCUUUUUUUUUCUCAAAUACCGAAGACGAAAAUGACUGAUUUCCUAACAAAAUUCAAUUUGUUUAAUUUUGAAUUCUCUCUGUUUGUAACACGAAGAAGAUGAUCUGAAAAUCUAUGGUUUUCAAUCGAUUUAAAAAUGCUUUGCAAAUCGCAUAUGAAAAAUAAAUGAUUUUUGUGCAUUUUUACAUUGAAAAAAUAUUCGACAUUUUUUAUCAUAGGCUUAGCCGAUCAAAAAUUCCCAAAAUUGGGUGAAAACUAUGAAACUCUAUAAUUUUUUCAUUGCUAGAUUUCCCAUAUUUUGGACUUAACAUUUCAAGCUACUGCUGUUGAAACCGAAAACUUACUAUGAGUAAAGCUCUUUUAUAACUUUUUUUCUUCUGUACACCUCGAAUUGUUUGAAACUUUAGCGACCGUUUUAACUAUUAGCACAAAAAUGUUCAAAUGUUAGCAUUCGGUAGCUUUCUACUCAUUUAAACUGGUGGAGAGCAUGAAAAUAAAAAAAGAGAAACGUUUUGGAAAUACCCUAACACACACACACACAUACACAAAAAACACAUUGUAUAUUUAAAAUGAACUAAAGACAUAAAAUGUGAUUAUAAAAAUAAAUUGGAAUGGUGGAAGAGUUUCCAAGGUAAAUUGAGGAAGAAAUACAAUUUGGUUAAGUGGAAAUAAGUGUUAUUGGUAUGCAUCAAAUUUAAUACUAUAUUUAAAGUAAAAUAGAUAAAAAAAAUUAUAUAAAUAUAUCUAAUAUAUACUAUAAAUAUUACAGCUAGAUGUAUUUAUGGUUUUAUGGAUGCGUCACAAAAGUUUGUUGUGUAUGACAUAAGAUCGAAUAAGAAUGAGAAGAAAAAGCUGAAGAAGAAACGAGAAAUAAAGUUGGAAUUUUAACAAAACUAAAAUCUAUUGAAAGAAAAUUUUAUUGUAAAUGUUAUGAGUCAAAUAAAAAUAUACGGUGUCAAGCUGAAAAAAGAAUACAAAACCAAGAACACAUUCAAAAUAAUCCUAACCAAAAACAAAAACAACAACUAACGAACAAUUUUUAGAGAGCGUUCACAGCUCCUUAAUUUAUGUACUAAAGUUUAAAAGAUUUUAAUCGAACUACUGCUACCACAUCAAAUGAAUUUAGAUAAACACAAAAAAAACUAUAGUUAUAUUGUAGAAAUAAUCUAUUUAGCUGUUAAGAAAUUUUCUCUAUUUUAUUUUUCUUUUGCUUUAAUUCGGUUUUUUGUAAGAAAAAAAUCUCACAUCAAACACAUUGAAGAAGAACAAUUUUUGCGUAUUCGUUGGCAAAAUAUACUAAUUAAAAUCAAUCAUGCGGAAAAUAAAGAUUAAAAUCAUUGAAUCGUAAAUAUAAUAAUUUCGUAUUAGAAGCCUGUGCGUGGGCAUUAUAAAAAACGAGGAAAUAAACAAAACAUAAUUGCCGCACGUGGAAUAGGUUUGAUAGGAGGUUAUAUUAUUAUACGAUUGGACACUUUCCAGUCAGACGGAAAAGAAAUAUCAUAAGUUCAGCACAUCUGAAAAAGUAAUGAUAUCGCUCCUUGAAUUCUCCCUGUUUCAUGUGCAAAGUUUAGUUUAUACAAUACUACACACAACUUAUUUUUUACAAAACAAAAAAAAAUUAACAAGCACAUUUUACUAAGCUUACUCAGUGUAAUGUGGAGUUCGCAUGAAUUUCAUCAAUAAAAACUGCAUCCAUUUCAAAUAAAACAUGAUUGCGAAUCGAAAAAUGGGUUUGCACGCGCACGCACAACUUCAAAUAAUCGUAUUUUAUGUGAAUUCCACUCCGGGAAUAAAUAUACUCACACACACACACAUUCGAAUACAACUGGAUUAAAAAAACUGAUGUAUUUAAAAAUAGA